CCAGAGCAGGGGUGGGGCUAAGGACCGGCUAAAGGCAACGGGAGGCGAGAGCGUGAGUCCAGUUGUGGGAGUUGUCGCUUUCUCCGUCAAUGCUCCGGCUCUCGACAAAGGGAAGGAGCCUUUUCCACCUUUCUGCCAGGCAAGCUUCACUUCUCCAUUUCCACCAACGGUUUGCAUUUGUGAAAUAUCCUGGUGGUUAGAGCCCAGGGCUUGACUUCGUCUCCCUUUUCUCCGCUUGCUUCCGAGACAGAUGAUGCCGUGAUGUGCAGAAGUUUGAAGUAGGCAGUGGUUCCUUUUAGAUUUGGCAUCAUGCAAACUGUCUGGGUCGUUGCUGUGGCCUGGAUGCUCUUUGGAGAGGCCAACGCUCGAGGAUCUCCUUUGGGAUCUCAGGAUGCCGAGGGCUCGGUGCCUCUUCCCUUGGACAGCAGAGGGCAGGCCAUCAGGGUCCUGGACCCGGGUCCACACGUGGAUUGCAGAGAGGUGAAGAAGCAGAACAGCUCUGGGCGCUGCUCCUUCAUCAAGACCAACCCGGACUGUCAGAUGGAAGGCGGGUUCCUCAACUACCUCAACGGCGUCUUCUGCGUCUUCCCAGCUUCCCUGCAGCCUCUGGCCAUCACCCUUUAUGCGCUGUGGCUCCUUUACCUCUUUGUGAUCCUUGGUGUCACCGCGGAGAAAUUCUUCUGUCCCAAUUUGUCUGCCAUCUCCACCAAGCUGAAGUUGUCCCACAACGUGGCAGGUGUCACCUUUCUGGCCUUUGGGAAUGGGGCACCAGACGUCUUCAGUGCCGUGGUGGCGUUCUCGGACCCCCGGACCGCCGGUCUAGCCAUUGGCGCACUCUUCGGUGCCGGCAUCUUUGUCACCACGAUCGUGGCGGGCGGCAUAGCCCUGGUCCGGCCCUUCACAGCAGCCUCCAGGCCAUUCCUCAGGGAUGCCGUCUUCUAUAUGGUGGCGGUCUUCUUGACCUUCGUGGCACUCUAUUUCGAGGAGGUCACCUUGGGAGAAGCCUUGAGUUACCUUGGGCUGUACAUCUUCUACGUCUUGACAGUGGUGGUGUCCACGUGGCUUCACAAGAGGCAGCGCAGAGAGAGGCUGGCCCCGCCUAGCCCUGCAGAGCCAGCAGAGCAUCCGACAGACUCCGAAGAUGGGGAUGCCUCAAGCAUCAAUGGAGGGGACUAUGGUGAAGAAUACCAGGCCCUGCUGCCUUCCGAGGAAAGUACAUUCCAGGUCCUGAUCCGCUCCAUCAACCCCCUGGACUACAGGAAGUGGAGGAGGAAGCCCUGUUACUGGAGGCUGAUCAAGGCCUGCAAGUUGCCGAUUGAGUUUGUGCUGCGCCUUAUGGUCCCCAUCGUGGACCCCGACAGGGAAGAUCAGAACUGGACCCGGCCCUUGAACUGCCUCCACCUGAUCACGGGCCCCGUCUUCUGCGUCCUCACGUUGAAGUCUGGCGUGUAUGGACUUUACAAGAUCCAGGGCAUCUUCCCGGUGUGGGGCGUGGUGUUGCUGGCAGGGGCUGCCAUGGCGCUGGUCAUCUUUGUCACCACAAAGAACGAAGUGCCACCAAAAUACCACUGGCUUUUUGCCUUCCUGGGCUUUCUGGUCAGCGCCCUGUGGAUCAACACUACGGCCACCGAGGUGGUGAACAUCUUGCGGACGUUGGGCAUCGUCUUCCACCUCAGCAACACCGUUCUGGGCCUGACGCUGCUGGCCUGGGGAAACAGCAUCGGGGAUAUGUUUUCGGACCUCACCAUGGCGCGGCAGGGUUACCCCCGCAUGGCCUUCUCCGCCUGCUUCGGAGGCAUCAUCUUCAAUAUGCUUGUCGGAGUGGGACUCGGGUGCCUUCUGCAGAUGACAAGCAGCAAAUCAGUCGUCAGGUUGGAAUCGGAAGGCCUGCUGGUGUGGAUCUUGGCCGGCGCGCUAGGCCUGAGCCUGGUCUUCUCGUUCCUCUCGGUCCCCGCUCAGUGUUUCCGUCUGGGCCGGGAGUACGGCUGCUGCCUCAUCCUCUACUACCUGGUGUUCCUGACCGUGGCCCUGCUGACAGAGUUCCGAGUGAUCCGGCUUUCCACUUACUGACGCAGGAGACUGUCGGCAUCGGGAUUGGGUCGUUUACCCUCGGAAAGGCAUGGCUGCUGGCGAGCCCCGGUCAGCGUGGUGGUCGACUGUCAUCGUGGCUGCUGCUCUCUGACUUCAAGGAGAGCCCUGGACAAGAAGUGUGGAUGUCUCUGAAGGCAGGAUGUUCCCGGUUCCUUGCGAGUCUGGGAUUUUUGCACCAAAUUGGGCCUUGGGAAACUAACUCCCCAUCCCCAGCUAGUAUUAUAUUUUUGAAGGACUUGGCAUUGUUUAGGUUUGGAACAGGGGAAAGUCUUUUAAAAUGUUUUUAUAAUGAUUUUUUUUCUUACCAGAAGCAGGAUUCUUAUCCUGCCUUAGCUGGCGCUUGAAUGUCAAAGUUGCAAAGGCAUCUCCAGGCUGCCUUUGGUAACUACUUCAGAGUGUCGUUUGACCAAGAAGUGGCACGUACAAGCGAGACCGGCCCCAUUGAAUCUGUGGGAUUUACCAAUGUGUUAAUUCAUCAUUCAACAGUUGAUUCAGCAAGGGAUCCCAUUCUAGUUGGGUGGGUGACAUAAGCCAUGUCAGGCUAUGAGAUGUAUAUUUUCUUCUCCUGAAGUCAUGUGCAUGUUUUCCAUAGCUUUCACUUUUUUUUUUUAAAUCACGUAAUUUAAUGUGUGCCUUCAGAUGUAACUUCCCCCUUGACCAAUGUGGAUGAUGUGUACUUUCCAAUCAUAGACAUAGCAGCUACUCCUGUUUUUUUUAAAUAGGCACAGUAUCGCGUGCCUAUCGUUUCUCCGAAAGUCAGCAAUCCGUGACUUUAUCAAACCUCACAAAAGGAUUUUCCAUCUUUUGGUAGGAAUGCGUUAAUUCCAUGGACUUUUCCUGGAGAAGUGGAAAACUCUUACUGAUGUCACUUUUAAAAAAAUGCUAACAUGGUGAGGUUUUUAAAAAGAGAACAUCUGUGAAAACUUUAGGAAGGGAAAAGGGGAUGUUAAACCCCAAGGGGUUGAGAAUAUUUAGAACUCUGAACCGAAGUCCCCACAAAUGUGAAGAGACGGCUGGAGGACAACUCCAUGUUUGAAGGCCAAUUUUUUUAUUUUUUUGGGAAGGAUGAAGGCUGGCAAGUGACACCUCUAGGAGGGUCCGAUGUCUCUGUUUAAAUGCUACUUUCCUACUAGCAGCCUAAUGCCUUGGUUAGGCCCCAGUGUGUAUUUUGAAGAAUAGGACCUGAAGUUCUCCUGAAUGUUCUCUUCCAAAGUGAUAAACUACUAUCUGAAAGAACAAAGAGCUGGUGAACUGGUGUGAAAAGCAACUGGCUUUGAAUUGGUCGGUGAAAGUCUGUUGUUUUUUUUAAGAGUAGGAGAUCUGCAUGAGAAUGUAUGUAUAUCUUUUGGACAUGUCUCGUCUGUCACAAUCUACCUCAGAAGAAAAAAUGAGAGCAGUCACUUGCUUAAAAGCCCUUCUUAUGGGAGGGACGGAAGCUGCUUCAGGGCUAAGUUUUAAGAUGCUGUGGGUUUUUAUGGAUUGGUAGAGGCAACCAAUGCUUUUCCAUUCCCUCCUUGAGGAAAAGAACUGCUCUCUAAGAACAUUUUCAUGUUGGGCAAUUUACAGAGUGGAGCGAUUACGGUUCUUAACUAGCCCAGAGUUUUUACAACUCACUUAUGGACCACUGUGAGCCGGCUGCAUCAUGCCUUUCGUCUCCUGUAUCUCCAUGAAGGGGAAGAGCAGAGUGGCUCGCAUUUCGGAUGUUACUUCAAUGUUUUCAAAGACCCUCAGAUGUUGUCCGACACUGUACGGAACGGUUGCACUGUAUUUAUGCUGUAUCCCUCAUUUCCUGUUCUGAAAAAAAGCCCUACUCUUUCUCUUGCUCUGAGAACAAAUGUGACAUUUGGUGUGUUAAUAAAGGCAAAAAAUGAAAA